CUCUCGGGUAGAAUCAAAGCCGUCAGUCUUUGUUACAGAGUUGCCCCUGUCGGAGAUGUACAGAUUAGUGGAGUUUACAGACACCAGCUGCUUAAACAUAAUACCAGAUGAUUGGUACGACAAUGGAAUAACUUGGUGGCCAAACUAUAAAAACGACCAAAAGAUAAACAAUGCCAUACAGAGGCGGGAGAAACCAAAGUCCGACUGGUCUUGCUUUGCUGUUCGGGAGCUGUCCAAAGCAGCAUCUUAUCAAGAAGCAAGAAUGAAACUGAAGCGAGCUAUGACCUGUAAUGCCACCACAGACCUGCCACGGGAAGGAGAAGACGAUGGCACAAAUAAGAAAAGACGUCAAAAUGACAAGCUGCAGGAGCUGGAGGAGUGUGAAGAGGAGCGCAGUAAGAAGAUGAGGAGGAUGAGCUCCGCUACAGGCUUCCCUGGCUCCUACGUCAACCCCUCACCACACUUCUUCGCAGCCAUGAUGCCUGAGCAGUCGCCUAUGGGAGCUGGCCGGAGCAGUACUAUGCGCAAGGCCCAGGAUACGGCCACCAGAGAGGCCAUGCAUGAGAAGCCCACGCGGCCCUCACAGACAUCAGAGGCAGGCUGCUGCAGCUGGGAACCCUCAUCUUUCAGAGACAUGCUGAUGGAGUUGGCUCCCAUUACAGCAGCACGCUCCAUCCUGGAGAACAGGGAGUGGGACUCACAGACGUCCUUCAGAGGUAUGAUCCAACAUGAGCAGCAGAGCGUAACCACGGGAACCAGUGCCUGGGAGUCACUGACUUCCUUUAGAGAGAUUAUGCAUCAGCAGGGUCCCAUGGCAACAGGGUGGUCUUUGGAAACGUCCAACAGAGAUCUGAGUUCAGACAACCCCUCCAGUGGACCCAGUGAAUCCAGAAACAGGGACUGGGGUGCCCCUGCAAACUGCCGAGAAACGGCUACCGACCAGGCCGCCUCGGGAACUGCAGAGCUGAGAAGCAGUGACUGUGCAGCACCAACGGCCUGCAGAGAAACAGAAGUGUCGUCAACCUCCAUGACUUUCCGAAAUGGACGUGGGGACCAAAUUCCCUGCAACGCAGCAGAAUUCCACCUGCUGAAUAUCAUGGAGUCCCUGCGGCAGCAGCAGAUGCAGCACGCGGUGGCGCUCAACACCAUCAUCAACAUCCUGCAGGGUCGCGCUGUUAACGCCCGUGGUGGCGGCGCCACCGACGCGGCCGCCCGCGACACCGCCGAGAUGCCCCAGGACAUCUCCUACCCGCUCAUGGACCUGCGCGAGCUGGAGCGGCAGGAGACCUGGCUGGAGAACGCAACCAACAUGCCCGCCAAGACCAAGAUGAUUGCGUACCUCGGAGCCAUUGGUGGUAAAGACUUGAAGACCACGGUCUGGAAGAUCAUGUCUACUCUGAUCCACAACAACCUGGGCAAACAGCUCAACUGGAAGGGAGUGAAUGACAAGAGAGCAUUUAGCUCCCUCCUUCUCAAGUCCGUCAUUAUCCGGGGCGUCAGGAAGAACUCCCACUACACCAAGACGACAGACUCCGAGAUCGAGAAGCUCAUCAUCCGCUGGCUGAACCUAGCUGGCGAUCGCGACGGUGGCCGCAAGCAGAGGGAGCUGGCUAAGCGCGGUCAACUCAACAUGGCCGACCACGCCAAGGGCGUCCAGCCACCCAAGUCCUCGCCGGCCGCUGCUGUUGCCACUGCAACCACCACUUCUACCCCCACCUCUGCCUCCGCAUCCAGUUCCUCGCCAUCCAUGCCCACGUCACAGAAACUUCCGGACCACCUCAACAAAGUCCAGGCCAAUCGGUUAGCGACAGGCCACACGGACCCCAGGGGGGAGCCGGAACCCGGCGGUCAGAGCGAGCCGGAGCGGCUCCGCGACCAAAUGGACCCCAGCCUCAACCGACCCGAGAACAGCUGGACUCUGUUCCAGUCGGCGGCAGCGGGCAUGAUAGACCCACGGAACGUCCGCCUCAACUUAUAGUGCUUAUCUGAGAUAAGAUGGCCGCUGUCAACUUCACACCGGCUCCUCUGGUCUGCUGCUGCGUCCGCAGAGAUGUCAAAAGUUAAAGUAAAAAAAAAGAAACAAAGUUCCAUUCCAACAAAGGCAAUUAACCUCAGUAACCCGUGACACAGGGAAUUUAUCUGAGUAACCUGUAGGCCUGUGUACCUCUACACUGGUUGGAUCAAGUUUGUGGUGGGUCCUUGUUAGGUUUUUUUGUCUCAGUAACAACUCAGUCUAGCUAGUAUCUCAUUAGGUACAAUUGGGUAAAUGGUGUAACAGCUAUGUAAUAUCAUGUGCAAGUGUUGUACUUACACCAUCAUUUACUUUUACUUUUGACACCUCUGUGCUUCAGAUGUCUCCUCACAGGCACACUGUGAGGAAAUAUUGACACAAAUAUUUAUGUCAGUGUAUAAGUUGUAUUAUUAUUUUUUUGAGAUUA